GCAAAUCUUACAAAAUGGCGACUGUUGUUGUUUUGCCGCAGGGUCAGUGAAUAUCAGCGUUUUUUCGCUAUAAAAUUUUGCAAUCACUUGCAGAAUUGCAGCCAUAAAGCCCCAGGCGUACCAAAGGUCGUCUCCGAGUGGACUGAAAUGAAAGGUAAAGAGCGGUCGCCACUGAAAAAACGCUCCCGGGCCUUGGACGACAUUCGAGACCGAGGAGGAUGCCACCCGAGCAGUAAGAAAAUGGGGUCUCUUUCCGCUUCGGGUGGAAGUAAUAAUGGAAAUAGCUCCGGUAAAAGCGACUCGACGAGGAGGAGUUUGCUCGGCGAGAAAAGGGACAGAGACUUCGACGGACACAGUCGGACUGGUAAUAACCACAAUUGUCAGCCCGGUGCCGUCAGUAAAAACCACAGCCUGAGCUUGUCGCUGGACUUAGCCUCGGCGAGGAACACGUCUCGCGGGGAGCAGCGGCUCCAAGCGCCCGGUGCGGAGAGUGAGUACAAAACCCUCAAAAUCAGCGACCUCGGCACUCAGCUCAGCGACGAAGACGUAGAAGACGGACUUUUUCACGAAUUUAAGAAAUUCGGGGACGUGAGCGUCAAGCUGAGCCGCAGCAACGACGAACGGAUAGCUUUCGUGAACUUCAGGAAGCCGGAGGACGCCCGGGCUGCCAAACACGCCAGGGGGCGGCUGGUGCUCUACGACCGGCCGCUCAAGAUCGAAGCGGUGUACAUCAACCGGAGGAAAAGUCGUUCCCCGGUCGAGAGGGACUUGUACGGCGCGGCGCCGAGCCACAGACACUUGCAGAGGCCCCUGUCGCCUACCGGCCUCGGAUACCGAGAUUACCGACUACAGCAACUGGCCCUCGGACGGUUGCCCCCUCCUCCGCCGCCCCCCUUGCCCAGAGAACUGGACCGGGAACGGGAGUUCGCCCUGUUUGAGGCCAGAGCUCGCCCCGCGUUUAUUGCAGAGCGAGCAUCCUUCCGUGAGGAGGAUUUUCUUUCACCAGAGGUCGACCAAAGAGCUAAUCGGACUUUGUUUUUGGGCAACCUGGACACAUCUAUUACGGAGACGGACCUGAGAAGAGCGUUUGACAUGUUCGGUGUCAUAACAGGGGUGGACAUCAAAAGACCCAACAGGGGUCAAACCAGCACGUACGGCUUUUUGAAAUUUGAGAACCUUGACAUGGCUCACCGUGCCAAGGUGAGCAUGUCUGGGAAAAUAGUGGGCCACAACACCAUUAAGAUCGGCUACGGCAAGGCCACGCCCACUACGCGCCUGUGGGUGGGUGGACUUGGACCUUGGGUCCCCUUGGAUGCCCUUGCGAGAGAGUUUGAUCGCUUUGGCACAAUCAGGACCAUAGACUACAGGAAGGGGGACACCUGGGCCUACAUUCAGUAUGAAAGUUUGGAUGCCGCACAGGCAGCGUGCACACACAUGCGGGGCUUCCCUCUCGGCGGCCCAGAACGAAGACUUCGUGUUGACUUUGCUGACACGGAGCAUCGUUACCAACAGCAGUUCUUGCAGCCUCUCCCGAUAACUCCCUUUGACAUGGUGGCAGAGUCGUUUGUCCACCGCGCCACGCCAGAACCUCUGAGGGUCAGAGAUCGGACUCCCCCGGCGAUACACUUCAGAGAUAGAGAGCUCUUCCCUGGCGGCGAAUGGCCCAACCCGUCUAUCCGUGAGCGGGUACGGGCUUCCCCCUUUGACCCCCUGGAGCACUUGGAACGUGAUCGACGGGUGCGAGAGCACUGGUCUUUGGAGCGAGAGCUGCAGGGGCGAGAGCCUCCUCGCAAGCGGCGCUUACUGGAAGACGGGCGCCAUCUCGAUCACUCCCCUGAAAACUCAGAAAGGACUGUAAGACGUCGGCGCGCCUCCCCGGACGGCAGCCCCGGGGGGAGCAGCAGAGACGGCGGACGCUUCAGCGACUCGGAGCGCCCUGUGCGUGGCGACAGACCCUCCCCUGUACGGGACCGCCACAGCAGCCUUGAGCGAGGCGGAACUGAACGCAGACUCAAAAGCCUCUCUGACAAGGCGCCGUCGAGCAGCAACAUUUCAGCAGCCGGAGAACGUAAACGCAAAACAGUCGACGGCGGCAAAGGCCCGGCGAAGAGAGAUCGCUCGGAGAGCUCGUCGAAAAGCGGACAGCAGUCCAAAUCGGACGGCAGCAAGCUGAGUUUGGCCUGGCACGGAAUGCUCCUCCUUAAGAACAGCAACUUCCCAGCCAACAUGCACCUGCUGCAAGGCGAUCACAGCGUUGCCAGCGACCUGCUCAUGGACGGGACCACGGGCAAGCAGGUGUGCGAACUAAAGAUCACCCAGCGUCUCCGCCUGGACCAGCCCAAGCUCGACGAGGUUUCCCGGCGCAUCAAAGUAGCCGGGCCCGGCGGCUACGCCAUCCUCAUGGCGCUUCCUGGCAGCACGGAGGAUUCGACGUCCGACACCGCCGUCUCAACUCAGCGGCCGCUUCGCAACUUGGUGUCCUACCUCAACCAAAAACAAGCGGCAGGAGUCAUCAGCCUGCCUGUGGGAGGGAGCCGUGAUAAAGACGCCACAGGGGUUCUUCAUGCUUUCCCUCCCUGUGAUUUCUCCCAGCAGUUCCUUGAUUCCUCUGCCAAAGCGUUGGCCAAAAGUGAAGAGGACUACCUGGUCAUGAUUGUGGUGCGAGGAGCAUCUUAAAUCAAAGCAAAACACACUAAGUCACAGAGUGUUAAAAAAAACAACAACAAACUGCUGUAUGUCAGUAACCAUUGCAUGCUGUGUGUUUUACAUUAUGGGCUACACUAGUAUGGUUCUUGAACGUAGUAUGUUGUCAGGGUAACAACUAAAACAUAAAACACUUGCCUUUCUGCUACCAAACAAAAAGGAUGUGUGUGCAUUUUGAAUUUUGGUAGGCAUGUAUCAUACCUCAAAGUCCAAAAUAACACAGUGAAUCAUUUAAAAAUAUCUUAAAAUGGGUAGCAUUUGGUGAUUAAAAUAACCAGACGAUGUAAAAAAAUAGUAUUUAUCCCAAUCUAAAGCAAUUAAAUAAAUGGACACAAUAACAUUUCUAAUUAAGCAAAACAUGUGAACGACACAAAUAGAGGUUCACAUUGAAAAGUGUUAAGUUGGCAUAUUCUCAACAGUGUUCAGUUAUUCUGACCCGUAGCUCACAUAUUGUUAUUGUGUCUACACGUGAAAGGGACUUUAUCAUUGUUGCUCCACACUGAUGGACGUGUGCAUGUUCUAUACUUCAAAGUUCCAUGUACAACCAAAUACAGUUCAUCAUUUGGUAAAGUGUUUUAACAAAGCACCUAACUUGGUUCCAAGCUCAAACAUGCCACAACUCCCCUCAACAAAUGUCCUUUAUUAACGUUUAACGCUUACAUUUAUUUUUAAUAAGCAGAAAGGCGCAGAGUUGGGACAUGUUUGAACUUCCUGUUUGUAAUGUGAGGGUCUUUCUAGUUCCAACUAUACAGCUCUUAUAUGUUUCAGCUACGUUGUAAACUUAACUGGUGUUGGAGUCCAUUCACGUGAUUAUUCAAGGUCUGAUACACAUUUUUAAUGUGCAAUUUCAAUGUUUCAAAGUCAGCUGUGGCGGGUACUGUAAAUGGACUGGUCAAAACCAUAUGCACCAUCUAAAAAGAUAUUUCAGCAUUUACGAAAUAUUGCCAUGUAUUAUGAUUGACACUCAGAUAAGUCUUCAGUUUUGUCAUUGCACUGGUUUCAAACUGCACUGCAUUAUAAAUAAAUAAAAACAUAAAGAUGGGCAAUUAUUAAAAAACAUCUUAACAGGAUGCAGUGCAGUUCGACACCGCUUCCCAACUACAAGGUAGUAUUAAUUUUGUUGACUAAAAAUGUUCGUCUUGAUUAUUAUCAACAACCUAUUUUCCCCUGACUAAACGGGCCUCGUGAAUUUGGUUUGUGAGAAGCUCUGCAAUAACCUUAAAGUGGUUUCAAGACAACUUCAAAGAUGCGUAUACUUUGUAUUUUAGUCGACAAAAUUGACUAAAAUGUUGAGGAAUUUAGUCGACUAAAACAAAAUCAUUAUCGAUAAAUAAAAAUGACUGAAAGUAAAAAUUAAAUUUUCAAAAGACUGUGACUAAAACUGCUAAAUUAACACUGUUGACAAUAACUAAGACAGACAUUUUUAGUCAACAAUUAGUCAACAAAUGUAGUUUAAUAAUUCAAAACUAUAGAAAAUAUUUGUAUAUUGCUGGUCUUAGAUUGUGCACGUGGUCCCACUUUACUUUAGAAAUUUACAAUAACACAACUUAGUGAUGAUGCAAAUACUGACCUGUUUUCACAUCAUGCUUUAUUUUGUGCAUCCCCCACCUUUUUAUAGAAAUGGCUGUCAUGUGUAAUCUAUAAACAUCUACAGUAGACAUGGAUAAAACAAACAGAUAAACAAAUAAUCGGAGAACAUUUGUUUCGAUAUUUUGACUAAGUUUGUUUGAUUUAUUGCUUUGAAAGUUUAAAAGGUCCUUAAGAAGAAUUCAAAAGCAGUAUCAGAAAGAUCCAAACCUGAUGUGUGUUCAGUUAGGUCUGUUUCAUUUUAAUAUUUUAACUACCUAAUGCUAAAAUCUGCUUAUUUUUAUUUUUAUUUUGAAGUCUAAAUGUUAUGCUUGAUUUCAGCCAAGGCCUACUCACUGAAUCCCGAUGACAGCAUUGUUGUAUGUGUGACGUCAUCACUUUGUCAACAUGCGAGGACUUGAUGUUUGCUCACACUUUGUGACCACGACAUGAUGGUGAGUCCACACCGGUGCGGCGGCUUCAUUCGAGCUGUGUUUGAAAAGUGGGCAAAUUGUACACGUUGAUGUCACGUGGGAAAAAGGAAAGCCCGCGACGAGCUGUUCACGUACCUGCAAGUGCAUCUGGGCACUUAAUGUGACCGAUUGUCAAUAAAUUGUUCAUUUGAAGGGAAA